AAACCCUCCUUCUGCUUUAAACCCUAAUUACAGGCCAGAAACAGACACCAGAGAAAGAACUCUCUCUUCAAUGGAGGACCCAAGUUCAGCCUUCGACGACCGAGUUCUAAUGGAAGAGGAUGAUGGUGAGGUGGAGGAGAGGGAAGAUACGAACUUUGUAUGUAAAGCAACUCAUGAAGUUAAACUUAGAGAGCUCUUACAUAAGCUUAAUUCCAUUGAGAUUAAGUUAUGCUCAGAUGCUGCAAAAGAAUUUAUCAAAUUGCUAAAAGGUGAUUCUGGGGGUGAAUUGCUUCAUUUGUAUGUACAGUCAACUUCAGAUUUCUCAGAACUUGUGGGAGCUUUGAAGCUUCGACAAGGAAAAACUGGAAUGUCUUAUAUAUUAUCAUUAAUUUCUACCAUUCUUAAUCAUCCUGAUGGAAAAUACGAGCCAAAUGAUAAGAAGAGAAUUGUUAUAAGUGUGUCUCUUGACAAGUUUGCUCGUUCCUUUAUUGAAGAAAAGUUGGAUGUCAUUUAUAAGGAGCUAAAUAGUCAAGAAGGAAAGCGGCAAAAAGCAGCUCUUUUGCUGAUGGCUUCAGUUGUUAGGCGUGGAUCAGGGUUGGCUUCUGAUGUUGCUAAGAAGUUUGAUUUCAAACUACCGGGUUUUUCCAAGCUUGCAGAGUACAAAAAGAGGCAGAGUGAGAAAAAUAGGAAGCACACGACAAGAAAGGCUUUUGUUGGGUUUGCUAUGUCAUUUUUGGAGAUGGGGAAACCGGGACUAUUGAGGUGGGUCCUGCAGCAAAGGGAAAUGUACUUUGGCGUGCUUCGUGGGCUUGAGGUUGAUGAUGAUGAGACUAUCACUUAUGUUUUGUCUACGUUGCAGAAUAGGAUUCUUACUGAACAGUCAUUGGUUCCCCCAGCUCUAAGGAGUGUUCUUUUUGGGAGUGUUGUUUUGGAACAAUUAGUUGCCAUUUCAGGAAGGGAAAAUGGUGGACUCUCUGCAGAGGUGGCACACCAGGUGCUACUCAUGGUUUGUACAGAUCCUUGCAAUGGGUUGAUGCCAGAUUUCAACAGACACCCAAAUCCAUUAAGAGGUAAUCCAAAGAGACUUUUGGAGCUCAUGAAGAAGUUGAGGGCAACAGAAAUAGUCUACCAUAGAGACUUGCUUUUAGCUAUUGUCAGGGGCAGGCUGUCCUUUGCCUCGGCAUAUAUGGAAGACUUCCCCUACAACCUUGAAGAUUUUGCGUCUCCUAACUGGUUUUCUAUGGUUUCUCUGGCAGCGAACUUAGUUUCCUCGGUGGUUGUGGACAUUCCUUCCGGUUUCCUUCAUUCUCAGUCCAAUGAUCCACCUUCUUUUGAUAGUGUUGAUGUGAAAAAUAUCAUGAAUAUUAUAUCUUCCCGUCCAUUGAGCCGAUCAGUAAUAAAUAAGGGGUUACUUCACUCUGAUUUUCUUGUGAAGAAUGGAACUUUAAGACUUCUUCUGGAAGCUUUGAAGUUUGUGGAUUGCUUCUUCAGGGAUAUAAGCCUACUUUGUACUAUGAAUGAAAGGAUGGAGAAGUGGACAGCACUCAAGCAGGAAAUAUGGAAUGAUAUUCGAACUUUGCUUCCUGAUCCCCAAGUUUUACUUACUCUACUUUCUUCUUUAAGUAGCUAUUCUAGGACUAGUGAGUCAUGCUUGAAAAGAACAGCAGAUAAAGAGAAUUUUUUUCUUGGCAACAAGAGAACAAAGAAAUUGAAACUGAGUAUUCUUAAUGAGGACACAAAUAUUAUUAUUGGUGGGCUAGGUUCAGUUCCGGAUUAUGCUUUGGCUGGGGAUGAUGACAAUGUUGUGGAUUCACAAAUUUCACAUGCAUCGGACAGUACAGUUGAUUUUAUGAAUGCUAUUUUAGAACUGUGGGGUUCUAGCCUAUGCUCUGUGACUGCCUCUACACUAAAGGAUGUAGAAAUAUUCUUCCAGUCUAAGCUUCUUGAUGCUCUCAAAAUUUAUCUUGUGAUCAUGCCCAGUGAGUUGGAGGGAUCAUUUGAUUUUUUUGUGAAUCUUCUCAGCAAUAAUUCAGAAUUGCCAUCUAAUCUCCAGUGCUCUUUAUUGUCUCUUCUAGUUGGGUUUGUUAGAUGGUCCCCUGUGAGUGGAAUUGCCACGAGAACUCCACCACUGAUGUACAAGCAUCUGCAGUCGUUUCUUAAUUUGCUAGUCUUUUCACCAGUUAGUGAAAUAAAGGUUCAAGCAUACAAUUUGGCAAGAGCAGCUAUGGCAAGUACGGGUGCAUUUGACCAAAACUCACAUGAAACAGCUGCGUGGUUCUUAUUUUUACCGGGAUACAGUAUAGUUAAAUCAUCUGGCGAGAUCCAAGGAACAGAAGUGUCGCACAACUUGUCAUCAGCUGUCAUCUCAUUCUUUUGUGAUGCUAUUUCUACUACUGGGAAUAAUUUAUUUAGAUACUGGGAUGCAGUUAGGAAACAUACUGUCGAUUUAAAUGAAUUUAAAGAUAUUUCACCUGAUUUCAGUCCUUUCGUAAUAUGUGUCUUGCAGAAGUGUGUGAGGUUACUUGGUUCGGAAUCUGGAUCCUUUUCAUUACCAGAUAAGUCAAUGAUAUCUUUUUAUGUGGGCAAUACAUUGAAAUAUCUCUUGCAAACUCAGGUAGAUGCAAGCUUGUUAGCUGCUUUGCUUAGAUCAUUUUUGUCUGAGGCACUUCAGGAUUGUGAUUCUAUGGAUUUCUUCUGUGAAUGGCAACCGCUGAAGAAUUUAUUGCUCUUUGCAGAGAGCAUAUUGCAUCAAAAGACCUGCUGCUUUUUUCUCAUUGACCAAAAAGAUAUUCCUGUUGACAUUUCUUUCACAAGAGCGCUUGAUGAAGUAAGAAAAAUUAUAGAGCGUAGCCAUGAUGGUGAGGUUGAUGGAGCAAUGGACGCCUUUUCUUCUGCAAUUUUGUGUACAACAUCAGAUGGGUUACUAAAGAAUUUUCCAAUGGUUAUGACCAUUUUUCAGCAUCUUCAAGUUCCUCUACCUUUCUUAUCCACAGUAAUUUUUCUUGAGCAAAGUUUUCUUGCUGGUGUUUUGAAGUUGUGGCCUAAAGUGUUCGUCACUGGUCUAGAAAAGGCUGUCUCUAUGAUUAAUCCUCAAGUCGCAGAAGACAACGCUUUUGCUCAAGAAACAAUGCUUAAUAUGGAUUUUGAUGCUAGUGAAUCUACUGCUGCUGUUGCAUUUGGCAUCUUUCUGAGUCAGGCACCUUUUCAUGUGCUGUUUCCUGCAAUUAUAAGUAGUAGUGGACAUUGUUUAUUUGAGCCUUCAAAGAUAAAAGAUUUGCUCAUCGCUAAACUAUCCAAAUGCACAAGUGAUUUUGUAGUUUCCUAUUUUCGCCUUCUUUUAUUUUGGUUUUAUCAGAUGCAAUUGUCAUAUAGAAUUAAACCAUCGGCUAAAUUGAAAGAGUUGGCUGAAAUAUGUUAUUUUCUUAUGAAGCACAUGCUUGCUCAACUAUUGGUUUUGAAGCCUAAUUCCAAGGAUCCUCUUUCAGCUAAGAUUAUUCAAGAAGUGGUUGAAACUAUAUUUUGCCAUCCUUCCAUGAGGGCAUCCUUCAAGUAUCCAUUGGACUGUGAUGAGAAUUUUAUUGAUGAGGAUUUUACAGAGGGAAACUUUUGGGACAAUGUAGAGGCUUUCCUUAAUUUUUCUCAGCAGAAAAUUCAUCAAAUAGAUCGUCAUUUCUUGGAUAUCCUAGCAACUACUUUUAAUUUCUUGCUGUCUUCGUCCAAUGGGCAACAUUACUUACUUAAAGUUGAAGAUGGCAUGAGAAAGCGGCUUGUGAAGGCUUUCAAAGCCCUGAUACAGAGGUUACGUGUGCAACUGAUGGACCAGGUAGAUCUAUGUAUUAAGACUGAAGAUGUGUUGCCUCUUCUGCAAUCAUUUUAUGCUUUGCAUGCUUUGCUACACUUUACUUGCCCAUUUGAGCUUUUUGAUUUAGCCCAUUGGAUAUUUGAUAGAAUCGAAGCAAAGGGUUUGAAUGCUCAUAAAUCCUGUAGGACAUCUGCUUUUUCUAUUGGAUUUUGUAUUGCUGGCGAUGCUUUCAAAAUUUUAUCUACUUAUUUGCAGCAGCCUGCAACAAUGAGACCACUGUUCCAUACUUUCUGGGAAAUGCAAGAGACAAACUUGAAUGUUAACCUUAUUGAGGGAAUCUAUUUUAGGGUAUUGAAGUUUGCCACCAAUUUUGAAUUGGAUUUUGCAUACUCUUGUUUGCUAGAAGCUGUCAAUGCUGUCCACUGGAAGAAGAACAUGCUAUGCAAUUCACUUGAUCCUUUAAGUAUGGUAUUGUCAAGGGUUAUUUUGAGCACCCCAGUAGAAAUUCUUUCUCACUGCAUAUAUGGCACAAGCAAGACAAAAGCUAAAUUGUUGUUGUUUCUUGUUGACAUGAGCCCCCUGCAUCUAUCAGUGUUUGGAUACUUAUUCUUAGGAAUUUUGAACAAAAAAUGUCAUCUUAAGGGGAAGAUGGUGAAAGAGAGCAAUGAAAUGCCUCUUUCAGAUGAGGACUUUAUGUUGCUGCUGCCAGCUGCAUUUUCAUAUUUGAAUUCAGUUUUCAUGAAAUUUGAAAAGCAGUAUCACAAGCAGUUCACUAAUAUACCUUCCUUUUAUUCAAAAAUACUAUUAAGUGGUUGCUGUAACUGGAAGAGCUUUGUAUCUGGGUAUGUUUUUCAGGAAAAUUAUGAUGAGCUUGUCCCAUCAUCUAUUGAAGAACUUAUCAACCUGGUGGAUGCUAGUCUUCUGGGAAAGGCAAUGCACAUGUUACGGUACCAUUUUGCUAUUAGUGGAGACAUGAAAACAAGGGAGAGAUUGAAUAUAUUUACUUCCAUUCUUACUCGCUCUGAUGGACAUGAUGAGCUGCUAGACUCUGAUGUUGAUGAAAUAAAACUUUAUUCACUUAGCCAGUCACUAAACCUUAUCAAUAGAGUUGUUGCAAAGGUAUCAUUCUGCAGGAUGUUGUUAUUUCAAGCGGAUAAUAAGAUUCUAUCUCCACCAAAAGAAGAAGACGGGAACUCGAAAGCAAUCUCAUUGAAAAUGGUUUCUAAUAAAGAGAGUCGAUCAAGAAUGCAGUUCAUAAAGAUUUUGGUUGGUACUUGGCAAUGCAUGGUUAAGAAAUUCCCUUUAGUUGCAGAUGGUUCCAGUGGAGAAAAGAGUUCUGAUUGUUUACAGUUGUAUAGACACUUGGAAUUGUUCAUUCUGAAAACUAUUCUUGAAUUAACAGCAGAGAUGUGUGAUGUUCUUAUCUUAUUGCAAGAUAUUCCUUUUCUUGAACAAUUGAUGAGAUCAUCUCUUCUUUAUAGGUUUGAGGAUCCUAAAACUUUGGGUAUUCUUCGUAGUAUCCUAACAUUGUUGUCAGGUGGGAAAUUUUCAUCUACUCUGUAUCUUCAGCUGCUUCUUUCCCACUCUCAGUUUUUGUCUACCAUUUGCUCGAUCACAGAUUCAUGUAGUUCUCAGAUUGGUGAAUUUUUUAGGCCUAUGUCCAGCAUUCUGAGAUCACUUGUUAUCCCUCAUCCAAACAGCAAGAAUGAUCUGCAAACAAUUAAGCCUUCUAUGAAGGAGUUAGAAAUUGUUAAACUACUUAGAGUACUUUUUCAAUUGAAGCCUCAGAGUGGUGGUUCUUCUGUAACAGAUACUGACAUUAAUCUUAAAGAACUGUAUUUAUUGUUUUUGUCUUCCUAUGGUGCAACGCUUAGUGAAUUGGACUUGGAGAUUUACAAUCUAAUGCAUGACAUUGAAUGUAUUGAUAAAUCAAUCUCUGAAGAUCUUGUUCAAUUGGAUUACCUGUGGGGAAGUGCUGCUUUGAAAAUAAGAAAAAUACGAGCUUUGGACCAGGACUCAUCUUCUAAUAUUAUGACUGAUGAAGAAGCAUUUGAAGAACAUAAAAGAAGUCAAUUUAGAGAAAUCCUUCCUGUUGACCCCAAGAUGUGUUUGGCAACAGUUCUUCAUUUUCCCUACAAUAGAAUUGUGAGUGAUGACUGUUUAUCAUUAAAAAGGUUUGAACCAGAGCACCUAAGGAAUUUUCACAUGACAAAUUGUCAUGGAGUUGACAAAAUAUGUCGGUAUGAUCCUAUUUUUAUGUUGCGGUUCUGCAUUCAUGUCCUGCCGAUGGGUUAUAUUGAACCUUUGGAGUUUGCUGGUUUGGGCUUGCUUGCAAUCACAUUUAUUAGCAUUUCUUCACCUAGUCUUGGGUUGAGAAAACUGGGUUAUGAAUCUCUCAUGAGGUAUAAGAACGCAUUAGAGAGAUGCCAAAAGAAAAAGGAAAUAAUGCGGCUUCACCUUCUGUUGACAUACAUUCAAAAUGGAAUCAAAGAAGCGUGGCAGCAAAUUCCUUCUGUUAUAGCUCUUUUUGCUGCUGAGUCAUCCUUCAUAUUAUUGGAUCCUUCAAAUGAUCAUUUUACAGCCAUAAGUAAGCAUUUGAUGCAUUCUUCUAAAGUGAACAUGGAGCAAAUACCUAUGUUUGAUACUUUGUUUCGGAGUAGCUCUGCUAACUUCAGAGCAGAGAGGCUGUGGAUGCUCCGUCUAACAUGUGCUGGACUGAAUGUAGAUGAUGAUGCAAAAAUAUUUAAGAAUGGUUUCAUUAUUAAGACCCUACUGAGUUUUUAUGCUACUCCUCUUGCAGAUAAUGAGUCUAAGGAACUAAUACUUCAGGUAGUGAAGAAAUCUGUCAGAUUUCAUGAUAUGACUACUCAUCUAGUUAAAGACUCUGGUCUCUUACCAUGGUUGUCACAUAUACUCCAGAUCUCCUAUGGCACGCUAGACGAAAAGGAGAGAAGUUUUUCUUCACUGCAAUUGGUUGUGGCCAUAGAGGUUGUAUCCGAUAUUAUUUUAUGCGGAGACAUCAUAGAGUGGUUGCAAAAAAAUGGACUUGAUCACCUAAUGGAAUUCUCAUCUCAUCUGUACAAACUCCUAGUUCGUGGCUUGAAGUUUAUUAAGGAAAAUGCUUGGUUGAUUAAUUCAGUUCUACAGAUAAUUAUAUCAACAUUGAAGAUAUCACAGAGAAGGGAUACGUAUCAACCGCAUUUUAAUCUAUCAUUCGAGGGGUUGUUUCAAAUUUAUCAGGCCCUUGGUGCAUGUGAUACCUCAAGGCCUAGUCCAAGUGUAGAGUUUGGGCUUCAAGCCAUACUCAGAAGCACUCCACCCAUUGACAUUUUCUCUAUGAAUCAGGUAAAGCUUUCAGGCUUCCUUAUGUGGGCAGUUUCUACUGCAUUGAAGUCUGAAUCAAAGAAGAAUUUUAACUUUAGAAGAUCACAUGCCAGUCUAAUGAUUUUCUCCAAGGAAACAGCAUCUGAGGACUCUUUGAUCUCAAAACUUCUACGUUGGCUUGUUGCUGCUGUUAUUCUUGGGAAGCUUUCACGGAAGCUUCAUGAUGCAAACUACAAAUUUUCAAAAAGAUCAAGUUCAAAAUCCUUGUUGUCCUUUUUAACAUAUGUAGAAAAUGGAAUUAUAGAAAGCAACAACUCUAAAUUUGAUGGCCAUGAGGUAUUAGCUGAAACAAUAUUUUACCUCCAACAGUUUAUUGAGUUGGAUGGUCCACUGUUUUCUUCAGUUGUUUGUGCGCUGUGUCUUCUACUUUCUUUUGGUUCCUCCGAACAUCCAGAUUUCAAGCAUGGUUACCGAACUGCUCUGGUAUCACUGUCAUCAAAAGUUCGUUGCCCCCCAGAAGCCAAGCCUAAAUGGAGAUGGACAUUUGAGCAACCUUUUGGGCGCAGUUCAUUUAUUUUUAGCGAUCUGCAGAAGAUGGAGGAGCAUCAUGCCUGUCAAACUCUAAUGGUGAUAAUCUCAAACAUUCUUGGAAAGAAACCACUAGACUCACAGGUUUUGUCAUUUCAAGAUAAAGAAAAUUCUGAUGUUUUUGAAUGGGAAAGAACUAUGUUAGAACCUAAUGCUCACUUCAAUGUAAAUUAAACUAAAAUUAUGUAUUAAUCUUGUUUAUUAAUUUGAUUGAAAAGAAAAUUGAACA